GUGAUUCUUAAGUAGGAGAAAGACAAUACUGAAUUACCGAUACAGUGAGCUUCUGCGCAAGAUUUCCGAUCGCCAUUGGAGUUUCGAACGAUCUCUCGUCGUUCAAGAAAUCAUUUCGAUAGUUGCAGCUUCGUACAGAAAAAACAUCUUGGUUGAGAUCCCACACCAUCUGUGACCUCAUAUCUGGCAUUCGAAGCAAAGAUGAUGAAAUCUGAGAAAGAUUUAACUGAGGAUAUACAUAAUGAGCCAGAGGAGAAACUAUCUGAGGAGCCUUCAGAUGAUUCUGUUUCUCAGCAGUCUUCUGAGAGUGACAAUGAAGAAACUGAACAAUCAAGUGAGGAACUCAAAGAGGAACCAACUCAGGACACAUCAGAAAAACAUGUUUCUCAAUUAUCCUCAGAUGUUAAAAAUGAUUUGACUGAACAGGAAAGCGAAGAACCGGAUGAGGGCCCAUUAGAGGAAUCUUGGUCUCAACCUCUUUCAGAGAGUAACUCCGAUGACAAUAAAUGCCACACAGAACCUGUGUUGAACAAUUCGAAUGAAAAGAAGAGGUUAUUGGAUGUCACAGCAGGUGACUUAGGUUCAUUGCAAGUUCAUCCUUCACGAAAGAAGUGCAAGCAAGAGGAGUGCAUAGAACCAGAAACAGUUAUUGGUUCUACUCUUACAGAUCUCCACAAUGAAUCUGGAAGUCCCAAAGAAUUUGCUAAUGCUGAAAAUUCUUCUGAGCAGCAGGACUGCACUGGAAGUUCAGGAAAGCUAAGGCGUAGUAGGGAUCCACAGCCUGAAGUUGGUGGGGAAGAAGGUGAAGGUGAAAGAACAAGUAAAAGGAGGAAAAUCAGGUGGGUCGACGAAGAUUCUCAGUUAAAAUUGAUGGGCCCAAUUCAACUGCCUGAUUUUAUACAUGACAUUGUCACUGGAGCUGAUUCUGAUCCUGAAAUUCAGGAGUUGAAAAAGAAGCUUCUUGAGACAAACAGGAAGCUGCAAGAGUCAGAGAUUCACUGUGACUGGCCAAAGGAAGAAAGAUCGCCUUCUUCUCCUCCAGUGUAUGAUCAACUUGGAAUUAGAAUGAACUCAAGGGAUAUCAGUUACCGGGAGAAACUUAUUCAAGACCGGCAAACUAUCAUUUUAAAGUUGAUUCAGAAGAACCCAAUGUUCAAACCUCCCUCUAAUUUCAAGCCAUCAAAGCUCUACAAGAAACUUUACAUACCUUUAAGGGAAUAUCCUGGGCAUAAUUUCAUUGGUCUCAUAAUUGGUCCCCGUGGGAACACGCAGAAGCGAAUGGAGAAGGAAACUGGGGCUAGGAUUGUAAUAAGAGGUAAAGGCUCUGCUAUAAGAAAGAGGGCAUAUCAGAAGCCUGAUCCCAUUGAUAAUGAUGAUUUGCAUGUGUUGAUAGAGGCAGACAAUCAGGGAUCACUGGAUGCAGCAGUGAAAAUGGUUGAGAAGCUACUUAAUCCAGUGGAUGAAAGAAUCAAUAAGCACAAACUUUCCCAGUUAAAGGAGCUAGCUGCACUUAAGGGCAUGCAAAGAGAUGAGAGCUUGUGCAAAGAAUGUGGUGAGCGAGGACGCAAGCAAUAUGCUUGCCCUAGUCGGAAGUCAAAUUUUGAAAUUGAUUUAUGCAAUAUAUGUCGAGGAAGCAGACAUCCAUCUACCAACUGUCCAUUGGCUGCAUCCACUCCAGUUCGCAGUAUUGACCACCAACAUCAUAGUUUUGAUAUUGGAAGUGAUGGUCUCAAUUUUAGUACCUCGGCAGUUCCAGGAAUCAUUGAAUUGGAUAGCAACUGCAGGUGGUUUACUUCACCAUCCUAUGGUCAUUUUUCUCACCCUGGUGUCAGCCCAGCUCCGACUAUAGGAAGCUGUGAGCAGGGGCAUAAGCAGUACGCUUGCCCUUGUCGGAAGCCAACUUUUGAAAUUGAUUUAUGCAAUAAAUGUCGAGGCAGCGGACAUCCAUCUACCAACUGUCCGUUGGCAGCAUCCACUCCAGUUAGCAACAUUGACCAUCAACAUCAUAGUUCUUGUGACAUUGGAAGUGGAGGUCUCAAUUUUGGUUCCUCAGUAGUUUCAGGAAUCAUUGAAAUGGGACAUAGCAACAGAAGGUGGCUUACUUCACCAUCCUAUGGUCAUUUUUCUUACCCUGGUGUCAGCCCGGCUCCAAAUACACGAAGCUGUGAGCGGGGGCACAAGCAAUACGCUUGCCCUUGUCAGAAGCCAACUUUUGAAAUCGAUUUAUGCAAUAUAUGUCGAGGCGGCAGACAUCCAUCUACCAACUGUCCAUUGGCAGCAUCCACUCCAGUUAGCAACAUUGACCAUCAACAUCAUGGUUUUUCUGAUAUUGGAAGUGGAGGUCUUAAUUUUGGUACCUCAGUAGUUUCAGGAAUCAUUGAACUGGAACAUAGCAACAGCAGGCUGUUUACUUCACCACCCUAUGGUCAUUUUUCUCACCCUGGUGUCAGCCCAACUCCAAAUACACGAAGCAAAUGCUGUAAAGAAAUUGAUGACACAAAUAUAUAUGUGGGCUAUCUUCCUCAUGCUCUGGAUGACAAUCAAUUAAGAGAUCUAUUCUCUCCUUUCGGCAUGAUAACGGCAGCAAAAGUGAUGAAAGACAGAAGCACAGGAUUGAGUAAAGGCUAUGGCUUUGUUAGGUAUGUUGAUCCCACAAAUGCAGUUACUGCUGCGGCACACAUGCAGGGUCAAAAGAUAGAUGGAAAAACAUUGGUAGUAAGAGUAUUAAGGCGCUUUCCAAAGGUGGGAUUCUCAGGAAUUUCCUGCUUCGAAAGUACACAGGAUCUCACCAGUGGCUCUAGAUAGUGAUGGUCCAACAGCUUGGCCAGGCCCACCGGACUAAAGGACUCCUUCCCUAAGAGUGAUGGUGUGGGUUUGAGAUCCUUAACCAAUCUCUUUGUACCAACAGAUUCCUUCAGCAAUCAAUUGCCUUCAUUUUAUGGGUUAUCAAACCAGAAAUCUGUCUCAUCACCCAAUUUAUUUGCAACAUGCCUUGUUAAUUCUGACUCAUUAAAUUGGCUCAGAGAUUAAGAACUGAUGCAUCAGUAGCUCAAAGGAUUCAUAACUUCACCCAGAUGGCCGGCCAGCCUAUGCAUGCACUGGUCAUCGACAUCCUUAAA